AUGUCUGCCGGGUAUGCAUCUAGAUUAUCUUCCUAUCCGAACAAGGGAAUCGUGGGCUUACCUGAAAGUUUCGACUCGAAGCGUCAGAGAGACUUGAAAUUGAAAAAACUUUCCGAGCUCGUUCGGGAUUCUAAACAUCUAGUGGUUGUGACGGGAGCGGGGAUAAGCACAAGUGCCGGGAUUCCCGACUUUCGUGGACCUGAGGGGAUAUGGACUUUGGAAAAGAAGGAGAAUAAUCGGAAACGGAAAUCCAGACAAUCUAAACCAAACCCUAACCCCAAUCGGAAACGGAAACAUUCACACACCACACAUGACCAACAUAAGCUGGAGAGUAGUGACAAGAGGCACAUCAAGAAAAGCACAUUUACCAAACAUCCAAUUGAUAGUGAUUCUACUAGUAUGGAAUUUUCCAAGGCGCAACCGACCCUUACUCACAAAGCAUUAACCAGGCUUGCAAUAGACGGCAAACUCAAAUACCUAAUCACACAAAACGUCGACGGCUUGCAUCGAAGAGCCGGCCUAGUGCGAAACAUGCAUUGCUCGCUACACGGUUGUGCGUUUACAGAAAAAUGCGAGAGUUCAGACUGCCGUGCAGAAUUCUUUCGUGACUUCGAUAUUGGAGGGAUGAGUUUUCAACCAACUGGUAGAAGGUGUACCCUUUGCAAUGAGAAAUUGCUAGAUACACUCCUCGAUUGGGAGGAUGCACUUCCAGAAGCAGAUUUCCAACGAGCCGAGGCUGAAUGUGAAAAGGCCGAUUUGGUCAUUUGUUUAGGGACAUCUUUACGGAUUGAACCAGUAGGAAGUCUACCACUGCGUGCUAGCAAGUUUGUCAUUGUCAAUCUACAAGUCACACCGAAAGAUGAGCAUGCAGCUCUUGUUAUCAAGGCUUCUGUCGAUUCAGUGAUGGAGCAUCUUAUGUCAUAUCUCGGAUUCGACGACAACUGGAAGGAUACUGCAGCUCCCGUGGAACGAAUUUGGACGGCGGGACAGUCCGAAAAAUAG